AUGGAUGUUGACUUGCUGAAAUCCAUCAAUGAAAGACUUGCCAAACUUGAUAUCUUGGAUAUACUACGAGAGGACAUCAAUGCAUUAUGUCUAGAAUUCAGCCAAUGUCAGAUUGAUGAUGAAAGGAAAGCGAACACGGUGCUGAAAGGUCCUGUACACUCUAUUCUGGUGGAGAGGGAGAACAAUCAACUUAAAGAAAACUUGAUGUCGGUCAAUGCGGGACAAACUCAUCUUCUCAGGGAUACCAGAGAAUGACAACAGCAGAGUCCUUUAUGUCAACUCAACUGAAACUGCCCACAGAUGUCGUGCGUAAUGUCACUUUCUCCAGAGUCCAUAGAAUGGGUAAGGCCUCUGGGAAUGGGCCAGAGUCCAUAGAAUGGGUAAGGCCUCUGGGAAUAGGGCAGAGUCCAUAGAAUGGGUAAGGCCUCUGGGAAUAGGGCAGAGCCAUAGAAUGGGUAAGGUCUCUGGGAAUGGGCCACAGGGUAUCUAUUAUUACAUGUUUUGAAAAUUUUAAGCAAAAGGAAAUGGUGAAGAGCCGGGGCGGAGAACUCAGAAACACUGAUUUAGGAAUGAAUGAGCACUUCCCCACUGAGAUUAAUGAAAGGAGAAAACAUCCCAUCAUGAAAGAAAAGCGGUGCCUGAAUCAACAAGUCUCCUUGGUGACGGAUACACUUUACAUCAACGGGCAACUGUAUCGGGACUCUAGA